AGUACAAUAACUUUUCGCUUAAAACCAGUGUCACAAAUAAAAAACUGUUAGUAACAUCAAGAAAUAGUCAUUUUGCGACAAUUACUGAUAAAAUCUGCACCGUGCAUCAACACUUAACCUAUUUUCCAUUCAGGAACUUGAUUAUGUAAAGUAUUGCACCGUAUCACAGCUCGCUAGAGUUGAAAGGUUUCACCCGGGGCGAACACCUAAACCGUAUUUUUUAUGCAGGUCCUCAUGAUUUGGACAGUUUUGCCAUGUUUUUCUCAUUUGCCGCUGGAUUAUUUGCGGUAGUAUAUUUAUUUAUAUUCGUUCAAGGAAAUGUAGAACUUGAUCCUGGGAUCACCAUCCAUCCAGCACCAUCAGUUGUUAUUGCUCAAAAGAAUAGUCCACUACUGCUGAACUGUUCUGCCUCAUCCUCACCGGACGCUGGUCCGGUCACCAUCACAUGGUUUAAGGAUGGCCAGCCUGUGGUCAUUGACAGACGGGUACAAGUCAGAGAAAAUGGCUCCCUCUAUUUCACACAAGUGAAGAAAAAUCGUAAUUCUAAGAACAAAAACAGAAAUCAUAAUGGAUUUUAUGAGUGUUUUAUAAAGAACAAGUAUGGUACUGUUAUUGCAAGACAGGUCCAUCUUCAAGUUGCAAGGAUUUCAAAGUCCUUCAGUAUUGAGCCAGCUGAUCAGGAAGUUAAAUUAGGGGGGGUGGCCAGAUUUAAAUGUCAGAUUGAUGGAAUACCUCCUCCACUUUAUGUCUGGGAAAAAAACAGUUCACCUCUACCUCAUAAUAACAGGUAUAUAACCCUAUACUCAGGAAUAUUACAGAUACACAAUAUAUCAGAGUCUGAUGCCGGUUCCUUCCACUGCUCAGUAUACCAAAGUUUUAACAAAGUCAACAAUGUACCAGUUACUAUUGAUCUAAUAUGGCAGCACAGUCGUGUCCAGGCAGAACUCAAGGUUAUAACAGACACAGAAAGACGACCACCUAAGAUUGUGGCUAUUUCUAAAGAAGUGAAUGCCACAAUAAAACACUCAGUUACGUUAGAAUGCCUGGCUGACGGAAAUCCAUCUCCAGUGGUCACAUGGAUGAAAGAUGGAAAUCCAACAUUAGAUGAUAACUUUAAGGAGAUUUCUGGCAGAAGUAACUUAAAGUUUAUAGAAGUUGGCAAGAUUGACGCUGGGACAUACAAAUGUGUGGCUUCGUCACCUGGAUUCCCAGAUGCAGUAGCUGAGACCAAACUUAAUGUCAAAGUGCCUCCAUUCAUAAUCGAAGCUCCAGUUAGCGAGGGGUACCCUGUAGCCAGGAGGUUCCGAUUAAAGUGUACCGUGGGAGGGACUCCUACACCGAAAGUCACAUGGUACAAAAACGGACAAAAGAUUGAAUCCCUGGAAAAUAUGCAGGCAAGAAAUCCAAUCAUGCUAAAGGCACUAAAAGAAGUGCCUGUUGAUUUCAUUGACUUGUCCCAGAUAUCUUUAUUAGAUAUAGAAGAUUCAGUAGCCGUCAGUCGGAAACUCGUAACUAGGCUUUAUGAUCCUAAAGGAAAGUCCAAAGGCUGCCAUAAUAAUCUGAACAGUUUCUGGGUGAAAUUAGCCACAUGUAAAGAUUCUAGCUUGAUAAACCCAGACAAUGAGCUGUUGAUAGAUAGUAGCACAAGUGAUUCAGGAUACUACCAGUGUAUUGCCAAAAACGAUGUCGGUGUAGACAUGGCAAUCGCCAGACUACAAAUCAUCCUCAAAGAAAAUGCACCCAAACCUCCUGGAAAUGUGACCGUAACAAGUGUCACCAGUACAGAAGUGUGUAUACAGUGGUCACCAUCAGAGUAUCCAGACUGCUGCCCUGUUCUAGCUUAUACUGUUCACUAUGGAGAGCUGAAGGAUGUAACACAGAAGGCAGUUACAUUGAAGAAAAAUGAAUGCAUACAUGAUCUUAAGCCUCAUACAGAUUACAAGUUUUACAUACGAGCCUACAGUAGGAAUGGCGCUGGAGCCCAGUCAGAUACAGUGACUGUUAAAACAUUAGAAUCAGUUCCUGAUGCAGCUCCAAAUCUGAGACUUUCUAGUUCAUCUCCAUCCAGUAUAGAUGUAGAAUGGGAUCUAGUUCCUCCUGAGAAAUGCAAUGGUGUAAUCACAGGGUACCAGAUUUUUGUGUCUAAUGGUGGACAUGAAAUCAUGGAGAAUGUGUCUGCUACUAACCAGAGUUACACUGUCAAAGAACUCCAAGCAGACACAGAGUACAAAGUAAGAGUAUUAGCAGGUACAGCAGUGGGAUUUCCAAAGCUGUUAGAUGCUCAGUGGCCCUGGCUGAUACAUAGAACACCAAAACAUAAUGAAAAACCACAAGUAAAAGUUCAGAUCCAUGUUUCUCAGUUGAACCUGACGUGUGUUGAUGUUAAAUGGAACAUAACAGACAACCAGGCAGUCAUUGGUUAUAAGAUAUACCUCAGCAAGAAGAUCCAAAACAUAGAUGCUGCUCAAAUUUUUGAAAUACAUGAUAUUAAAAGCACAAAUUAUAUAAUGUGUGGUCUUGAAAGUGAGAAGUUCUACGAGUUGAUGUUUGUAGUGGAUGGUUCUAGCAAUGCACUGGCUACGGUGGAGGAGAUUUUCCAGACCGUUCCACCCAAUGAAACUCCACUUCCACCCCCUCCCCUGCAGAUUAUUGCUAGAACCAUGUCUUCCAGCGAGAUAAUGGUACGAUGGAAGAGACCUGGACGUCAGUAUGACAUCAAGUUUUACACUGUUCAGUUCCAUCAAAAGGAUAAUUCACAGAAGAUUAUGUAUGCUAGGAGUGAUGCAUUAGAGUAUGAACUGAAGAAUCUUGAACCGUAUACUUACUACAGUAUCAGAGUGAGGUCCCAUACAACACAUGACCAUGGAAUCUUCAGUGAUCCUGUAGAUGUUAGAACUCUAGAAGAUGUGCCCUCUCCCCCUGAGAAAUUGUACAUAGAGCGUAUUGAUGAAGACAAGGUCAAUCUACAGUGGGAACCUCCGACUAAACAGAAUGGUGUAAUAACCUCCUACGUCAUACAGUAUAACCACCAGAAAGAGGACCCAGAAAACUUGUGGCAGUCUCUCGAGAAAAAUGGAACAAUGACUAAAGCCACUAUUAAUGGGAUAAGUAAGGAAGUUAACUACUACUUCAAAGUGAGAGCUUGUACCAACAAAGGUGAAAGUCACCCAUCAAGGACAGUAGAGCUUAAAGCCUGGAUUUGUACUUUACAUUGUGAGCAAGGCAGCAUAAUCACCACAAAGAAAGAUGAAGAUGAUGGUGGAAUUUUGAAGGAUCAGAGACUUGGUAUAAUUAUUGGCUGUUCCAUAGGACUCAGUAGUAUUGUCAUCUGUAUUGUUGUUGUUAUUGUUAGACAAAGGCAUUAUGCUAGAAUGUACAUGACACAACAAGGAGUCAAUGGUAGCCUUGGCGAUAGAAAUGUUGGGCAUUACCUUAGCAACCACAAUGGGAGAUCACCCUAUCACAUGGUUGAUGAGGAUUCACGACUGCCAAUGAUACAAGAAAAUGCACUCUCUGAUACUAAGGGACCUGAUGAUACUGUUAGAUUCCCAGGUAAUGGACGAGUGAUUUAUCUUUGUAAUGGGAAAGCACCUAAUGGUAAAAUCAGAGCUUACGUUGCUAGUCCUAUAAAUGGACAGGUAGGCGAACGCACAGCUCUGAUAGCAUCAAAAAGUUCACAGCAGGUGUCCGAUAAUUCUCACCAAGAUUCUUACAUUACUCAUAGCCAGUCGGACGGGAAUGUCCCAAUGUUACCUCACAAAAACUCAGAAAGAGGCUAUAAGUAUGAGGACCGAAAAUCAUCAGGAAAUUCAAAUGAUAUUGAUAACGCUACCUCAAAAGUGCUUACAUCAAGUGAGAAUUCUCAGGCUAAUGGUGCUCCUCCAGGACAAAUCGCGGGUAGUCAUGGCGACCAUGACCUUGAAGACAGUGGAGAUUUAAUCUCUAAAAUGUUACAAGCUACAACCUCAGUUACAGACUGCUCUGACGUAUGUUCUACGCUACCUCAAAGGUCAGGGUCAAGUGUAACCAUGGAAAUAUCAGAUCUGUUAGCAGUGGAUGCUUAACAACUGUUUUUGAUUACAUUAAGACAUAGAUCUGUUGUUUAUAGUUGCUAAGCAACUACUGUUACUACACAGGGAAGAAUUGUUAAUAUUUAUGUCUUUAUUUUGACUAGACUAGAUAAUAUAUAUGUUUCGUGUUUUUGUUGAUUUUUGUGAGCUAUGUAAAUUUUGCAUUUUUCUAUUUGCUGAGUGUAAGGUUACGGUUGGUUGGUUCCUAGAACAUCAUAAUGAUGUUGUUGAUAUAUUAAGAUAAUUAUUUAAUGAUUAUUCAGUUCUAAGAGUCAAUCUUCAUAUGGCAAACUUAAAAGAAAUUGUGUAUUUCAUGUAGAAUGUAAUUCUUUGUUUAAUGUCAUAACAGAUUUGAUAUAUGCAGAUGGUUUGAACUUGCAUUUGGCACCCUAUAACUUAUAUAAUUGCACUGCUAUAAUUGAAAUUGUCAAACAUAUUUUCUCUCAGGUAUUUGAAUAUCCCUCAGAUGAAGGUCACUUGCAAUUUUCCAUGUUAGUUUCACAUAAAUCCACAUUUUCAAUUAGAUUUAUGGUCGGGUCAUUUCUCUUGGAAUUUUAUUCAAUUUUCUACCACAGGAAACAUAUUUCUUUCAGAUAUAUAUUUAUUUUAUUAUAAUGAUAAAAGUUUUCAUAUUUCUAUGAAAUCACAAGUAUUUACUUUUGUCAGGAAAUAUUGUAAAUAAUUAGAAAUAUAGUCCUGUUAUCUCCCCUUUUGAUACAAGUUACCUCCCUUAUUGAUGCGAGUUAUCUCCCUUUAUGAUGCAAGUUUGGAAACAAUCAGCCUAACCUAUGUUGUAUAUUGAAGAGGGUCGUAAAGGGGAGGUAUGUGCAAAUAUGAAAUUUAAAUAAGAAUAGAGACGAAGCUAUGAAUGGUUUGGCUUGAAAGGGAGAUUUCUCUUUUUGCACAAAAGCAUGUGUGGGCUAUUCCAUUGAAAUAGAUGAGGGGUGGAAGGAAGGAAUUUAAAAAGCUUUUCAACCAACAAAAAAAAAAUGACCUACAACUCCUAUCUAAAAAAUAUAACUUCCAUUCCUACCCCUCUAAUUUACAUUUUUAUAGAAUAGCUCGUCACUUAAAAUAGAAAAUUUCAUACAUUUGGCACUAGAUACCCCUUUACUACCUUCAUUGAAUACAUUGUGUUGAUAUUCCACAUUUGUAUGAGGUAGAUUUGAGAUGGCAGCUUAACAAAAACCAAAUUUCAGGCAAACACAUAAAAGUUGGAUGAUGCAUUGUUUCAGCUUGCAGUCUCACAUUUCAUAAUUUUGAUCAGAAAUUUAAUGUUAAUCAAACUUAAUAUGUAUUUCAGGAAGAUAUUUAAGUAUUUCAACUUAAUGUAUGUAUUUUCAGAUAUACAUUAAGUAUAUUCGCUGAUGAUUCAAACUUUUCAAUCUUUUUCGCACACAUGCAUAUUUUUAGGGGAGAUUUUUCGUUUGUUUUAGUUGACUUGUUUAUUUUUGUUCUUUUCUGUGUUGUUUAUGAAAUUUUUGUCAACUUAGUUUUUAGUUUUUGUAAAUUUUAAAAAAAAAGUACAGGUUGUUGUUAAUUUAACAUGGGAACUUAUUUGGUGUAGCUGAAAACCUCAAAUUAAAGUAUUAAUCACCAAUUACAUGUUUCUAAUAUCUCAGUUAAAUAUUUGGCCUUGUUUUUAUCAAAAUCAAUUAAUUUGGUUGCACAAGUUUUUUGUCAUUGAUUUCAUUAGGUGUAAUUUAUUUGAAGUCUGAUAAAUAUCAUACCUCUUACUAGCUAUCGUUUAUUUAUAUAUGUCUCACGACAUAUCAGAAAACAGGAUGCUAGAAUGUUUGAUUUUAUUUAGUCUGAUUUAUUUCAUGUUUACAAAUGCUGUAAAUUUUGUUAAAAUCUAUUUACAUUUUUUUCAUUUUGUCAUCAUUGUACAUUUUUUAGCUGUAGUUUCAUAAAAAUAGUCAUCUUAUGGACAGUGAAGUUUUUUAUUACAUUUUCUCCUCCUAAAUACAACAUUUUGAUUGGUUUGAUCAAAAUUUUCCACCCUCUGCAAUAAAGCACAUGUGUGCUUCCAUGGUAGUAAAUUGCCAUCCAUCUAUAUACUAGUAAGAUGAAUUAUUUAGUAUCAUUAAGAAUUCCGCUUUUUAAAAACCUGACCUUAUAUUGCCUCUGCAAAUUGCACUGUAUAUUAAUUGCCCCUUUAAUGUUCCAUGAAUCACAAAAUGAAGAUCUGGUCAUUUAAAAUUAACAAAAAUUGACCCUUGACAUCGAUAUAUCCUAUUUUAUAACACUAAUCAAGUUUACACUCUGACCUUGAAAUUUCAGAUCCAUUAAACUAACAGAGUUUUCACCCUUUAACUUGAAAUAUUGAAAGUACAUAUGCUCACCCUUUGACUUUAUGAUAUCAAAUAAUUUUAGCUGAUUCUAUGACCUUGUAGAUAAAUUAAACUAGAAAAAAGCUGACUUAAUGACCUUGAAACUUCACUUCAGUUUAGCUAAAUUAAAGCUGACCCUUUGACCUUGUAAUAUCACAUUAGUCAAACUAUAAAACAGAAGCUUACCCAAUGACCUUGAAAUGUUUAAAUGAUAUUAAUUGAAGAGGAAUAUAGUCAUGUGUUCUUGUCCCUGAUUUUAAUCUUAGUACAUAGUCUAAUUUACAGAUAUUUUGAGAUCAAAAUUUGAAGAAAAAAAAUUCCCCUCAUAAAGAAAUCUUAUAUAACAUUAUAGUUUUAUAAUUAGGGAGCUACCAUUUGAAUUUUAUAACAUUAUAGUUUUAUAAUUAGGGAGCUACCAUUUGAAUUUUAUAACAUUAUAGUUUUAUAAUUAGGGA